UGCUGCGCCUUCCACACCUCCUUUUCUGUUGUCGAACUCCCUCCCCUUCUACUAUUCCUUCUAGAAAGACCCAAAAACAAAAAAAAAAAACAAAAAACAAAAACAAAAAAGGUAAGAAAUGGCGUCGUUCGCAGAGGCACCGCCGGGAGACGUGAAAGCCGGGGAGAAGAUCUUCAGGACCAAAUGCGCUCAGUGCCACACCGUCGACAAAGGCGCCGGCCACAAACAAGGGCCGAAUUUGAAUGGCCUUUUUGGUAGGCAGUCUGGAACUACUCCUGGUUACUCCUACUCUGCUGCUAACAAGAACAUGGCAGUUAUUUGGCAAGAAAAUACGCUGUAUGACUAUUUGCUUAACCCCAAGAAGUAUAUCCCCGGAACAAAGAUGGUUUUUCCAGGAUUGAAGAAGCCACAAGAGCGUGCUGACCUCAUUGCAUAUCUGAAAGAGUCCACCGCUUAAUGAAUGAUUUUGCCUAAGUUAAGUUGACCAGUUACCAUUAUUCUUUGUAAUAAAGAGACCUUUUUCUGGUAUCCUGUGCUAAUUUGUUCAUAGAGCUCUUGUUUGGCCUCUUUGGAUGAGAGGUUUUAUACUUUUAUUGCACUUGCCAAAUGUUAAAAGUUUUUUUUUUUUUGGAAACGCCAAAUGUUAAAAGUUAAAAACAUACAUUCAAUUCAAUUCCAAAAUAACGAUGUUUUAUAAACA